GUCAAACACCUCCGAUUUUCUAUUGACCUACAAACUACCAUAGAAGAACUGCAGAAGCAAAGACAGUAGCAGUUGCAUCUUUCCCAAAUCAAAUUUCUAGAGAUGGAUCUUGAAGAGAACGAGAUGUUUGAAGAUGCGUGCGAAAAUUUACCAGAAGAGACAGAACAUGUUCCUUCUUUGGAAGAUUCUGUAAAGGAAACUGUGGUGGCUCUGGAUCUAUUUCUGAAAAAUCAUUUUAAUCAAGCUUUGGAUUUGAUGAAACCAUACGCAAAUCGAAGCAUAUACCAUUCUUUAGGGAAAGGUACAGUUUUGUUUAUGCAAGCUGUACUCACCCUCGCUCCUGCUGAUAUAGAUGUAGCUUUGCAAGCAUUAAAUCAAGCAGUUGACGUUUGCAACAGAAAGAGGAAGAGAGGUGCCGUUCUGUAUGUAUCGAAAAUGAUAGGUCAAGUGGAUUAUAAUUCGUAUACAGAGGAAGAAGUGCAUGCCGAGCUUUGCUACGCAGAAUGUUUAUUGUUAACAGCCAUAUUAACAUUUCUUGCUGACCAGAGCUUCAUGAACUUUGUGAAAGGCGGCUUAAAAGUUAGAACCUGCUAUCAAUCAUAUAAAGAAUGCUUGCAUAUACUCGAAAACAGAAACUGGAAAAAUAAUAAGCAUAGGCAACACUACGCUAGUGGUGUGAAAAUGGGCAUAGGAACAUUUAAUUUAAUGAUUUCUCAAUUCCCGACAAGGAUACUACGAUUGUUAGAAUUUAUCGGUUUUUCCGGAAAUAAGAAUAUAGGUCUGAGGGAGCUUAAAGAAAGUUAUGAAGAGACAAACGGCCUUCGAUCUCCUUUAGCUGUGUUAAUUCUUGUCGCUUAUCAUACCGUCAUUUCUUACGUGUUUGGUAUGGGGGAUGGAGAUAUUAAUCAAUCAGAAGAUAUGUUAGAAGAUAUGUUAAUUAGAUAUCCGAAUGGCGCCUUAUUUUUAUUCUUUUAUGGACGAGUGAAACAAAUACAAGGAAAAUUUAAUGAUUCGAUAAGGAUAUACAAGCAAUCCAUCGAUUCUCAAAAACUAUGGAAACAAUUUCACUAUUUAUGUUACUGGGAAAUGAUGUGGUGCUAUUGUUCAAAAUGUGAAUGGGUCGAAGCUUCUAAAUGCACCGAAAUAUUAAGGAAAGAAUGUAGAUGGUCUCCUGCUAUAUAUACUUACGUACAUGCAACGAUAUUGCAUACAAUUGCAGAAGAACAACGAACUACAAUUUCAAAUGAAAUAAUAGAAUUAAUGAGAACAGUUCCUGGGUUAAAACAGAAAGUUGCAGGGAAAUCGUACCCUACAGAAAAAUAUGUGGUUGGAAAGUCGAAUAAAUUUUUCAAUCAAAAUUGUAGGUUGCUUUUGCCAAUGAUGGUAAGAAAUUAUUUAAAAAUUAUUUUUUUUCUCUCGAAAUUUUCUCAUUAUUCAGGGUCUCCUUAA